AUGGUAUCGAAUUUGUUAUUAAUUUCCACAUUCGCUGGAGGACUUGUACAUGGUCACAUGGAGAAACGAGACGUCCCUCCUCCCAAUGUCGGCAAUAAUACCAACACGACCAGUCCGCUUCCAGUUACCACUAUUGAGACCAACUACACACCACCUGCUUUCCAGAUUCCACCACCGACAGUCAAUUGGUCGGACCCAUGUGCAAUCGUACCGAUUCAGCCUGAUACAUGGGCUCGACUUAAGCUUGAUGAUUACUUGGCUAACUAUCCUGGGGGUCGAAAUAUGUCUCUAGCGGUUAGUGUCUCCUCAUCAUAUGUCAAAGUGGAAAAAUCAAAUCUGUCGAACGUAAACAUCCAUGAUUACUAUGAUCUAAUCUUCCCCACUGUCUUCCUUCAGGAAUUUGCUUCGUCGAGAGGCGUUGACAACUUUGUAUGCGGAAUUGGCGAGACUUGUAAUGCGGGACAGCCCUGUUUUCCUAUCAAAGGGCCUGAUUGGGAAGUAUUUUAUGCCUUACAAGGGUGGAACUUGAUAAGAAACACAUUGUACGGCGCCAUCGGCACAGCGGUCAGUAUAACACAAUCCGCAGGUAUUGCUGCACUCAUUGCUUCAGUCGCAAUUGCCUGGCCUGGUACCUUGCUUGCCAUGGGAAUUUGGUAUUCUAUCAACGCACUUCUUGGUAUCGGUCAAGGAGCGAUCGGAAUGACAUUACUUGGAGAGAACUGGAAGGAAAUUCCAGAUCAAUUCUCUAGAUGGUCACAAUACGCAUGGUACCUUGGAAAAUGGCAAGGUUUAGCACAAGAAGCGCUAAGCAAUCAGACAACAGCAGUCCUCAAUGCGGGCAUCAGUACACCUGAAGGUAUUUCAGGUGUUCUUAAAGGUGGAGCAUACUUCAUUCCUGUGAAGGCUCGACAAAUGUCCGAGGUAGAGAACGAGAUCUCUACCAGCGCAACCGCUCGAAUCUUGACCCAGAUCAUUCGUGAUUACGGUGGAUUCGUCACAGUAUCUGAAGGUUGUGACGGUAAAGGUCCAAACGGUGCUUGGGAGGAUCCGGAUUCAAUCUCCUACUGCUAUCCAAACAAAACGAUGAUGAAUGUCAUCAGACAUAAGGGAAAGAAAGCUGUCAACACUUGGUACCAUGGAUCCCUGAUCAACUCGACCUACGGAUUCACGGCUGAAUACAUCACUACUCAAGCUUGGGAAUGUCAACAAAUGCACGGAGUAGGCGGCCCAAACCCUUACAACGAUACCGCAUUCCCGACCAACAGUAACUCUACUUGCGUCAUGGACCUGCCUGUGUGCGAUCUACGAAGUCAUAUGGAAUCUUUAUCGCAGGAAAACAAUGUCAUGUUUUGA